AUGGAGUCGGCCCUAGAGCCCUCCUUCUUCAACGGCGAAGUGCCGGUCACGCUCAAGUACACCGACCGCGAGGACCGCCGCGCCACGAUCACCGCGGCGGCGGGCGGGAUGGCGCGGCAGCGCGUGCUGAACCUGCAGCUCACCGAUGAGACCGACGCCUACCUCCUCUACUCUCUCCACCUUUCGGAGGACGACUUCCACGCCCUCAAGACGGAGCAGUCUCUGCUGGUGGACUUUGCGACCUUCCCGGGCAAGCUGGUCGAGCUGCUGCGCCAGUGCCAGGCGUGUGCCGCCGAGGAGCAGCCGCGUUUCGUCGCUGAGCUCUCUGUCGGCGACAGCGCCGCCUCCUCCUCCGCCGGCAAGCCGCCGACGCUCGAGCGGUGGCGAGCGGAGGGCGAGAGAGAGGAGCGAGAGGCGGCGGCGGAGGCGGCGCUGCUGCGCGAGCAGACCGCGGAGCUGCGCCGCGAGAACAGCGGCCUCGCCGCCGCCAACCACGCCCUCGAGAAGGCGGCCGGCGCCUCGCGCAUCGAGGUUGCCGCGCUGAGCGCGAGCACCGCCGACAAGGACGCGCUCGUCGCAAAGACGUCGUCGCUGCUCGAGGCGGCGGCGGACGCGAGGCGGUACGAAUGGGGAAGAGGAAUAGCCACUCGGUUGGUGUGA